GCCAUGGCGCUGGGGCGCCGCUGCCGCCGCGCUGCUCCUGGCCAUGGCGGCGUUCCCGCCCGCCCGCGCCUUCUCCCUCCCGCUCCAGCGACCCGCCGACUGCGGCGCCGCCCGCUACUUCGACAUCUCCCGCCUGGCCUGCGGGCCCUGCGGGGCCCACCAGCGACAGAGCGCCGGCGGCAGUUCAUGUGUAUGUCAGCCAGGGUACAGGAUGGUUUCUAGUAAUGGUGGGUCCUCCAUUAUUUGUGAAAAAUGCCCAGAAAAUAUGAGUGGAGUUACUCAAGAUGGGUGGAAUUGUAUUACUUGCCCUAAAGGCCUAAAUUCAGAAGGAAAAUGUAAAUGCCUCCAUAAUGAAAUACUAGUGGAAAGAAGUAUCGAGGGCGUUUUGCUUAACGAAGCAUUAUGCCUACGUUGCAAUGGAAGUGAGCAAUCCUUCUCUGCUUCAGACUCGGCAGGAAAUAGGUGUGUAAGGUGUGAGCAAACAUUCAUCAAUGCAAGCAAGUCUUGUGACUGCAGCAGCCCAAACAUUUUAACUGGGGGAUUGUGUUUCAGUGCCAGCGACAAUUUACCACCAAAGGGAGUUGCAACUGUUCGUUUUGGACAGCUAGGUCUAACACUGACAUCAGCAUGGUUUCUGAAAAACCUGCAAUCUUCAGCCUCUGCCUGUUGGUUGUACUCCAAUCUAACAGCAUGCCAAGCUCUUGGAAAUAUGUGUGUCAUGAAUAUGAACUCGUUGAGUUCUUCAGUUACUGAUGCCUGUGGUUUAUUUCAGUAUAUUUAUGUCAACACAGCAAGGCUAGGCAUUGUUCAUUCAAUAGCCUACUGGAGACAUAAUCUUCCGUGGCUCUAUUAUGGUGAUCAACCAGGAUUAGCAUCCCAAGUGCUUGAGGCAAAUCAUUUCCCUACAAUCUUCAGUUUUAAAGGAACAGACAAGGACGUAAAGCUGCAAUUUAUUGCAGCCUCAUUUGAUGCAGCAGGAAACUUUCUUAAGUGGCAAAAUUUGGAAGGAGGCAUCUUACAGCUUUGUCCUGAUACCCAAACUAAAUUGAAUGCAGCUUAUGCAUUUGGAACCACUUACCAACAAAGUUGCGAAAUUCCAGUUUCCAAGAUUUUGCUGGAUUUUGCUAAUCCAAUCUUUUAUGACCUGUUCCUUGAAUAUAAUGGCAACAACGGACAACAGUAUCUUUGGGCCGUGCCGGUUUUAAACUUGAAUCUUCAAUACAGUGAAAUGUUUGUUAAUCAAGGCAGUAACAUGAACAACUGGCUUUUGACUCGUCGAUUUUUUUUGGUGGAUGCACUGAGUGGAAAAGAGAACGACUUGGGAAAACUACCAAGAGUGAUUCGGGUUGCUAGCAAAAUAACAAUAAGUAUUCGUCUGGUAUCCCACACUCAGAGAGGAAUGAUCUACCCUCCUCUACUUACUGUUGCUUACACAGAUGUGCUUGUCCAAAACCCUGACACCCAGAGUGUGAUGGUUUCCUUCUCGGUCAAUUAUGAGAUGAAUCAGUCGGAGGCGCAGAUUCAGACUGAUAUCACGCUGGGUGUGCUGGGUGGGCUCGCAGUGUUAUGGUCCCUUCUCAAGACUGCAGGCUGGAAGAGGCGCACGGGAAGCUCCAUCAUUGACUUGCAGACAGUUUUCAAGUUCUUACUGUUUUAUGCUGGAGACCUUGCCAACGUCUUCUUUAUCAUCACAGUGGGCACAGGAAUUUAUUGGCUUGUGUUUUUCAAAGCUCAGCAGUUUGUCUCUGUCUUUUUACCACUUCCCUCUCAAGAAGAAGAUUUUGUUACAUACGUAGCAUGUGCGUUUAGUUUAAAGGCUCUGCAAUUCUUACAGUUGCUGGUUUCCCAGCUUACUAUAGAUAUUUUCUUUAUUGACUGGGAGAGACCUAAGGGCAAAGUUCUUAAAGCAGUUGAAGGUGAAGGUGUUAUUAAAAGUGCUGCUGCACCCGUGAGCAUAUGGAGGACAUAUUUUAUAGCAAAUGAAUGGAAUGAAAUUCAGACAGUGAGAAAGAUAAAUCCCCUCUUUCAAGUGCUUGCAGUUCUUUUUUUUCUGGAGGUGGUGGGAUUUUCAAACCUGGCUUUAAUGGAUUCUUCUUCCAGUCUUUCAAGAAGCAGUGAGAGUUACAUAGCUCCUUGGAGCCGCAUUUUAAGAUUUGGUGUGUCUGCUGCACUCUGGCUUGCCAUUGCCUUCUUACAGAUAAUAUUUUUUUCUGUGGUUUAUGAAAGAUUUAUUGAAGAUAAGAUAAGCCAAUUUGUUGAUUUGUGUUGCAUGAGCAAUAUUUCAGUCUUUCUCUUGUCACACAGCUGCUUUGGUUAUUAUAUCCAUGGUCGCUCUGUGCAUGGACAUGCAGAUACCAAUAUGGAAGAAAUGAAUAUGAACCUAAAGAGAGAAGCAGAAAACCUGUGUAGUCAGAGAGGUUUGUUACCAAACACAGAUGGCCAGACAUUUCAGAUUUCCAUUUCAAGAAAAAUGCGACUACACUAUGACAGGAUUCAUGAAAGCCUAACGAGAAAACGUGGUCCUGCUAGGCUUUUGGACUCAUCUGCAAAUAUUUUUGAACAAAGCACAAGGGCGUACAACACCAUGAACAAAUUUCUCAGUUCUUUUAUUGAUCACGUUCAUAAAGAAAUGGAUUAUAUUGUUAAAGAUAAGCUGCUGCUUGAACGGAUUCUUGGCAUGGAGUUCAUGGAACCGAUAGAUAAAAGUAUUUUUUACAAUGAUGAGGGACAGUCCUUCAGUGAUGUUCUCUAUUAUGGCAAUGAGACAACACUGCUCAUCUUCGAUAUCCUGUUUUUCUCCAUUGUGGAUCUGGCUUCCCAAAGUUUUGUUUUAGCAGCUAUUCUAACAUAUUUGCAACAAGAGAUAUUUAGGUUUAUUCGUAAUACACUUGGGCAGAAGAAUUUGGCAUCCAAAACCUUGGUGGAUGAAAGAUUUCUCAUUUAAUUAAGAAGCUGAAAAACUUUGUUGAGGAGUUAAUCAUGGAAAUUAUGUCCAAGAUCAAAGCAUCUCUGACCUGCAGAUUAAUCACAGUGCACUUUUUGGUAAUAAUAAUGUAAUGGUUUUGAAAUGUAUCAUUUUUUAUAUCGUGUGCUAUUAAGCUUUAUUUUUGUAUAUUUACAAAUAUUUUUUUAAUUUGUGAACACUAAGCCAUAGGCCUUUACGAGGAAAGGUACAUGAAAAUGAGACAGAAAUAAACUUACUGUUGUUAUUAUUAGAAUAAGAUAAAAAUUAUUUAAUGGCUUUUGGUAAGAUAUGGACUGCUCCCUUUGAGGCAAUAAAUUGAGCAUUCUGGUUGGCAGCAGAGGCUAUCGACUCUUAAGUUUUCUGAAAAUUCCUGUAAUCAUUUUUCUUUAUUUUUAAAAUUUCUUUUGAGGUAUAAUAUUUAGCAAACGUGUGUCCAGUUUUACACAGCACGUGAUUUGUUAUGAAUUAAGUUAAUAUUUCAGGAGGGCUUUUGAAAGACCACUUAUUUACAGCAACUCCAACUUGAAUUGUUAACUUUUCUUUAUUGUGUCGUAGUAUUGUCUGCUUUUGUCUCUUCUCUUGGAGUUUAUCAUUGUUUUUCUUGGGUGUGGACCACGCAUGACAAAGUUUCCUUGUGUUUGAGGUACAGUAGUGUUACAGCCAUGCAGAAAAACAGGCUACUUAUGAUAGAGGAGCAGAGGAGAUGGUUACAGGUAUUUGGGGUUUGUUCCUGGUCUUCUAUCAUCUGAUGCAAGAUGCCCAGGGAAAGACAGUAACUCUUCCGUGCUGUUUCCACACAAUAUAAUAAUUGUUCAAGUGCCACUUAUUAAGUGUUACAGGAGAUUACGAAUGGCCUUCUAAACACCUGAAAAGUGAGGUGUCUACCUCCCAUUUGUAUCUCUGAAAAGUGUCCAUACCUUUUUAAAAUUAUGUUUUUCAAUAAAUGGUUAAACAUGAA